GCAAUAGCAAAGCAAGUCCAAGCAGAAGCACUGACAUCGGCAAAGGCAACUAGCACUGGCUCUGGCAACUUCGACUACGAGUAUAUUGGCGGCGCGAAGCAAAUGAUUCCGAUGGAGUAUCUCCGACAAUUUAGUCACCUGUAAAGGUUCCAACGUGCCACAUCGUACAUGGUGGUUGGCUCUUGCUCUUCUUUGCGUUAUUCGUUCAAAAUUGUGUUUUGUCUUUGGGUUUUUGUGUUCGUUUUUAUCGUCUCUGUGUCGUGAAUAUUGUUGUUUUUAUUUUCUUUAGUUUUUUAAAUUUAUUUAAAAAAAAACCUAUUUUGUUUAAACAACUUCAAUCGGGUGCUGUUUUCAUACGAUUGGAUUCGAUUUGAUUUGUUUUUCUAUUAAUUAACGUAUCAUACCGUUAUACCGCACGAAAGUUAAAGCGAUAUUAUUUAUAAUCAUUGGUGCGAGACAACUCGAUUUAAUAAGCCAGUCAGUCGACCAACUGCAUUUAAGUGAAAUUUUCAAUUAAAAAAAAAUGUAAAUUAAGAAAAAAAGAAGAGAAAAAUAAUAUUUAUUAAUAAAUAAAGUUAUAAUUAUUUUGUCUUAUCAUAACUUUACGGUCAUUUUGUAUCUUUGUGAAUCCGUUAAAUUUUUUGAAAAAAAAAUUAGUUAUCCAAUUGGCCAUCAUCAACAUCUUCAUCGGUUUGUUUUUCAUUUUGUUACCAUUCUUCAUAUCUUCAAAAAAUAAUAAUAAAUUAAUCUUCUUCUGUGUGCUUCUUUUUUUUCCAGUGGCUUUUGGCCUAACAGUUGUUUUUUGAAUUUUUAAAAUUUAUUUUUUGUUUUGUUUGUUUUAAGUUUUUGUUUUUUAAAAAAAGUGCAACGAACAGGUGUCAAAUUUUUUUCGUUUUUCACCUCGAAUCACCCUCAACUCAAUAAACCGCCAAAAUAAAAGAAACCAAAUUAUUAAACGAACCAACGAAGAAAUAAAAGAAACAGUUUAUCGCUUGGUCUGUUCGGUGUAUGGAACGUGUGGGCGAAAGAGUUCCCCAUCAUCAUCUCUAUUGAGCAAGAUUCCAUACAAAUUCUUCAAUAUACUACUGCCAUUUAUUGGAUUUAAUUUAAAAGGUGCUGAGAUUGCAUUAGAUGCGAAAAAAGAUAACCAUCGUCAUACUAUCUCAAUGAAGUGAUACUUUACGUUUCUAUACAAACUACUAUGAGACGGCAGCAGCAGCAGCAGCAUACGUGUAUAACAAUGGCAACGACGACGAAGACAACGAGGAGAAGAAGAACCGGCAGCGAACACAGGAAUUGGCUACUUCAAAUUGUGGUUAUUCUUGCGGCUCUGGGUUUAACCGCAGCCCAAUGCCCAUGGCAAAGGGAACUCCUCGAACUGCAAGCGACGUGUAUAUGCUCAUACAAUCUGGGACGAGAACUAUCAGUACAAUGUGAUCAGGUUGAAUUCCCACUUUUACUUGAUGCCUUAAAUAAAUAUGCUCGUGACAAGCCCAUCGACCUGCUUUAUGUGAACAACUCUACGAUAGAGGAAUUGCAGGAUGAAAUAUUUGUGAAUCUUCGUCUGCACAAUGUUCAGUUGAGCAGUUGUAAGAUAAAGCGCAUUGAAGAUGGAACAUUCAAGGGUCAAGAGAGCGUUUUGAAGAAUCUCAAUCUUCAGGAUAAUCUGUUGGAAGCUGUGCCAAUUGGGGCACUCAAAAUUCUGACUAUUUUAAAUUUGUUGGAUUUGUCGAAGAAUCGAAUAGUUUCGAUACCGGAAAAUGCCUUUGAAGGGCUAAGUAAGUUGUCGACGUUGAAGCUGAAUGAUAACAAUGUGACCAUUCAGGCGGGAGCUUUUAAUGGACUAGAGAAGAGUUUGAAGAAUUUAAAUCUCAAAGGGACACGACAGCGACGUGUUCCCGAAUCCAUUCGUGGCCUUAGAUCCUUGGCGUUCUUGGAUCUCUCACUGAACGGUAUCAAAGAGCUUCCUGGCGUUGGAGGUCUUCGGACUUUUGAAGGUUUAGAUUCUUUGACUGCCCUUAAUUUGGAGAGGAAUCUUAUCCAGAAUUUGGGUGAGAAUGCUUUCGCGGGAGUCAAGAAAUCCCUCAGCUCUUUAAGCCUGCUCAACAAUUUACUAGCCGAGUUCCCUGUGGGAGCGGUUCACUCGUUGAGAGAACUUCGCGUGCUCGACAUUGGGUUCAAUUUGCUGACUGCUCUCCCAGAGGGCGCAUUUCGUGGAAAUCCUAGCAUCACUCUUUUGGCAUUGGACGGCAAUCCCUUGCCAACAGUGCCAGAGAAGGCCUUCACCCACUUAAACUCCACCUUGCGAGGCCUAUCGCUCGGUGGACGGUUCUUGCACUGUGAUUGUAAGCUCCGAUGGGUCGCUGAAUGGAUCAGGAAUGGGGACCUUCAGGUCACAUCUCGCGAAAGAAAUCCUCAGUUUUGUGGGACUCCAGGUCGCUUCAGUGACCGCGGUUUCUAUUCAAUCCAACCGGAAGAACUAACCUGUCCAGAGUCAGAGGUCGAUUUGAAUGGCCCUGUAGGAGUGGUUGAUUCAUUGAUUCCACGCAUAAAGCCAACAAUUGCAGCUGCAUCAUCGACUCCCCUCGAAACCACCGUCUCAACAACUGCGAAAGCAACAACCCCUCAAACAACAAUCUCAACUACUACAGAAGCUGUGACUGCCCGGCGGACAUCGAGCACUGCUCCACCACCACCGCCAUCACCUCCAUCGCCAUCGCCGUCAACCACAAAAGAGGUUCCUGCGCCACCAACGGUGCCAUCAAGCACAUCGACAGCUAGCACCACUUCAAUAAAGCCUCCCUCUUUGGCCACAACACAAUCAACCUCCACAACGUCAAAGACACCCUCGAACAUGCAACAACAUCAAUCCACGUCUUCAUCUACCGGCACUGCACCGAUUGCCACUAAAAGCCAAGCACCACCCCCAUGGCGUCAACAGCAGCCAGGUGGACUCGGUGGUGGUGCUGCUGCUUCAUCAGCUGCUGGCAUACCACACAAGCAACAACGCCCGCCACUAGUAUUGGGUUUCCCACCGCAGCGAGGCACCCGCAUCGACGAUGCCAACGAGGUGCAAGUAAAAAAUGCCUUCCGCCAGGAUAGCUCGGUCAUAAUUCAGUGGGACUCCGAUACAGCGAACAUCCUUGGCUUCCGAGUGGUAUAUCGAUUGUUUGGCGAAAAGAGCUUCAAGCAGGGCCCUCCACUCGAGUCCAGCGAACGUGAGUUCAAGAUAAAGAAUGUCCCCUCGCAGGAGUGCAUCAUCGUGUGUGUCAUAUCACUCGAAGAGCUGCAUGUCACCCCUGAGACCGUUCCGUAUCAGCAGUGUCGCGAGGUGCGAACCGUUGCGUCGCAAACAUCGAAUAUGGACAAAAUAACAAUAGCGGCCAGUGCAGCCAUCUGUGGGACAAUUAUUGUAGCUGUAAUUGUGUUCAUUGCCGCAAGCAGGCGAUCGAGGAAACUACAAACCUCACAGCAAAAGAGCCCCCUGCCAAUGGGUGGCUUACCUGUCAAUUGUUGCGGACCAGCAGGCAGUCCGGGUCCCCUGGGAUCGAUGGCUACGUUGUCCGCAUUCAAUAAUCACAAGGAAUGGGAUCAAGUAUCAGCAUACAGCAGUAGAUCUAUUCCAAGACCAAGAAUUUAUCCAAUGGAUAAUCAAGAUGAUUUAAGGAGCCAUUUCUCUGGGAUGCCAGGAAAAGUCAGUAAAGCAAGAUCCAUCGCCGAUGGCCAAUCGCAGCACAGCUUUUCUAACAAUUCACAUCGCGGAUAUCUUGGUACAGCAUUUCCCACAAAUUUAGUUAAUUCACGACCGGAACUCCGGCAAUCGCGUCAAUCACUGGCAGCUGCAUCCGAACGUAUGUCGCGUGCCUCAUAUGCCGGCUCAAUUCAUGGUCCAACAAGUAUUGCGUCUAGUUCAAGACGGUCACGGCCGCGAUCUAGAUCACGAGACCAUUUAAAUGGACCACAUAUUCACAGUCAUCGACCAGGAAGCCGAUACUCGACUGCUGGAUCGACACAUACCCUUAAUAACUAUUGUGACACGUCAGAUAAUUGGACUGAGAACGAUAUGGAAAUCUAUAUGGCUAGAAAUCCGACAACACGCAAUGGAUUGGUGCCAUUAUGAGGGCGGGUUUUUUUGUCCUGAUAUUUCGAUGUUGUAUUAAAUUUGGAUGAGAUUUUCUGACGGUACGUUUCUCGGCCACGAUUACACGUUCGGCCAUAUAAGGAUUAUAAUCAGCAACAACAACAACAACAACAAGUACAACAAAAUCAACAACAACAACAGCAUCAUAAUGAACCUCAACGAUGGAGACAACGACAACAAGAAAGGUUUCAUCGUCGUCGCUUCCAUAACCAUCAUCAUUGUAAUCAUCAACACCAUCUAUACCAGCAUCAACAGAACCAACGACAUUCCCAUACUCCAUUGCCAGCUCGUUGUACAUCACCACCAGAUGUCGUACCACGUCCUGGAUCAUUCACAAUAAGUCCUAAUGCUACUACAAGCAGUAGUAUAAAUUGUACAACUAUUCUGACAACUUCAGGACAACGUCAUAAUCAAGUUGCUGGUGCUGGUGUUGGUGCUGCUGCUAAUAGUCUUUUAGGUGAGAUUGUGGUCGAGAAUUAUUUCGAUGAAUAUAGUAGACAGGAAAUCCGCCAUUCACGUGCGAUACAAUUAAAAAGGUUUGACUCUUCAACGACAGAGUCACACUAUAGUAAUAGUAAUAUAAAUAAUAAUAAUAAUAGUGCUAGUAGUAGAAGUAGUAAUAGUAAUGAUAAUAAUGAAAAUAAUAAUUUUUUGCAUUCCGGUACUAAUAAUAUAAAUAAUAUUAGUAAUAGUAAUAAUAAUAAUAAUUCAAAUGUCACUUAUGAUAGAUUAGGAAACCUCAAUAUAAACUUCGAAACCGUUAACGAAAGUAAUAAAUCAGAUUUGAACGAAUUCAACGAUGA